AUGGUUUUGUACACGACCCCCUUUCCCAACAGCUGUCUGUCCGCCCUGCACGCCGUGUCCUGGGCCCUUAUCUUCCCGUGCUACUGGCUGGCGGACCGGCUCCUGGCCUCCUUCAUACCCACCACCUACGAGAAGCGCCAGCGGGCAGACGACCCCUGCUACCUCCAGCUGCUCUGCACCGUGCUCUUCACGCCCGUCUACCUGGCCCUCCUGGUUGCCUCGCUGCCCUUCGCGUUCCUUGGCUUCCUCCUCUGGUCCCCACUGCAGUCUGCCCGCCGGCCCUACAUCUACUCCCAUCUGGAGGACAAGGGCCCCACGGGUGGGGCGGCCCUGCUAAGCGAAUGGAAGGGUACAGGUCCUGGCAAAAGCUUCUGCUUCGCCACCGCCAACCUCUGCCUCCUCCCGGACUCGCUGGCCAGGCUCAACAAUGUGUUCAACACCCAAGCCCGUGCCAAAGAAAUUGGGCAGAGAAUCCGCAAUGGGGCCAGUAGACCCCAGAUCAAAAUCUACAUCGACUCUCCCACCAACACCUCCAUCAGCGCCGCCAGCUUCAGCAGCCUGGUGUCACCGCAGGGCAGUGAUGGUGUGCCACGGGCUGUCCCUGGAAGCAUCAAGAGGACGGCCUCUGUGGAGUACAAGGGUGACAGCGGGCGUCAUCCUAGUGAUGAGGCUGCCAACGGCCUGGCCUCCGGGGACCCAGGUGACGGAGGCAACCUUGAGGAUGCCUGCAUCGUGCGCAUCAGUGGUGACGAGGGGAGUCGGCCCCCCGAAGUCGUCGAUCCCCCCAAUGGGGGCCAGGCCAGGAACGGGGCUGGUGGGGGCCCACGGGGCCAGACACCCAACCACAGUCAGCGAGAUGGGGACUCGGGGAGCCUGGGCAGCCCCUCGGCCUCCAGGGAGUCCCUGGUGAAGGGCCGGGCCGGGGCUGAUGGUGGCAGCGGGGAGCCAGGCGCCAACAGCAAGCUCCCGAACAAGGCCUCGGUGGUGAAGAAGGCGGCUGCGCGCAGGAGGCGCCACCCAGAUGAGGCCUUCGACCACGAGGUCUCAGCUUUCUUCCCUGCCAACCUGGACUUCCUGUGCCUGCAGGAGGUAUUUGACAAGCGGGCAGCCGCCAAGUUGAAAGACCAGCUGCACGGCUACUUCGAGUACAUCCUCUACGACGUCGGGGUGUACGGCUGCCACGGCUGCUGCAGCUUCAAGUGUCUCAACAGCGGCCUCUUCUUUGCCAGCCGCUACCCCAUCAUGGAUGUGGCCUAUCACUGUUACCCCAACGGGCGGUUCUCUGACAGCCUAGCCUCAAAGGGAGCGCUGUAUCUCAAGGUGCAGGUGGGGAGCACACCUCAGGACCAAAGAAUCGUCGGGUACAUCUCCUGCACACACCUGCACGCCCUGUCAGAGGACAGUGACAUCCGGUGUGAGCAGCUGAACAUGCUUCAGGACUGGCUGGCUGAUUUCCGAAAAUCUACCUCCUCGUCCAGCGCAGCCAACCCCGAGGAGCUGGUGGCGUUUGACAUCAUCUGCGGAGAUUUUAACUUUGACAACUGCUCCUCCGAUGACAAGCUGGAGCAACAGCACUCCCUGUUUACACGCUACAAGGACCCCUGCCGCCUGGGGCCUGGGGAGGAGAAGCCAUGGGCAAUUGGAACUCUGCUGGACCAGGACGGUCUCUAUGAUGAGGAAGUGUGCACCCCUGACAAUCUGCAAAAGGUCUUGGAGAGUGAGGAAGGUCGCCGGGAGUACCUCGCCUUCCCUACCAGCAAGAGCCCCGGGGGAGGCCAGAAGGGACGCAAAGAGCUUCUGAAAGGCAACGGCAGGCGCAUCGACUACAUGCUGCACGGGGAGGAGGGGCUAUGCCCGGACUGGAAGGCCGAGGUGGAAGAAUUCAGUUUUAUCACCCAGCUGUCAGGCCUGACGGACCACCUCCCGGUGGCCAUGCGACUGAUGGUGUCUGCAGGGGACGACGAGGCAUAG